AUGUCAUUUUUAUGCUCAGAAAAUUCAUAUCAACAACAAAGUAAAAUAUCAAUUGAUAUUGACAAAUCUCUAAAAAAUCAUAAAUUAAAAUUAGAGGAAGAAAUAAGAGUAUUAAUUUAUGGGCAAAAGAAAGUUGGUGUAACAACACUCUUUAAAACUUUUUUGUUAAUGGGUGAAAGCCAAAUAACACCUGAAGAAUUAAUGGAUAAUAGAAAUAAUGUUUAUAAAACUAUAAUUAACCAAUUAAAAAAAUUCAUUAUUAUUUCAAAUAAUUCAAAAAUUGAAUUAGAAAAUAAUAAUAAUAUUCAAAUGUCAAAUUUAAUAUUGGAAUUAGAUAGUGAGAAUUUUUUAUGGAAUAAAGAAAUUGGAGAAACUUGUUUAAAACUAUGGAAUGAUUCAGGUAUUCAAAAAAUAUUUCAAAGUCAAUUUAGUGAGUUUUUUGGUUAUUUCUUUAAACAUUUACAACGUAUAUCAGAUGAAAACUAUACUCCAACACCUCAAGAUUUAAAUUUUAUAAAACUUACUCAAAAUGGUAUAAUUGAAGGUAAAUUCACUUUUGAACGUUGUCUUAUAAAAAUGAUUGAAAUGGGUAUACAAACUUCAACUUUAAAGAAAUGGAUUAACUGUUUUAGUGAAGUCCAAGCCAUAAUAUAUGUCAUUGAUUUAUCAGUGUAUGAUAUAGUUGAAAGUGAAGAUUGUUCAAAAUCAAUAAAUAAAUUAGAAAAAUCUUUAAAUGGGUUUAAAGAAAUUAUUGAAUCAAAAUAUCUUCAUGGUUGUGGAGUGAUUGUAUUUUUCAAUAAAAAGGAUAUUUUUAGAGAAAAGUUAAAAACUGUACCAUUUAAAACCUAUGAUAAAGAUUACAUUGGUGAAAAUGAUUUUGAAUCCACAACAAAUUUCAUUAAAAAUAAAUUACUUGAUUAUUAUUCAAAUCCAAAUAAGAAUGUCUAUUUUUUGAUUAAUGAAGAAUCUGAAGUUGAUAUUUGUAGGAGUACAUUCAAUAUUUUAAAGGAUAUUGUUCUCAACAUAACAUAUAAUUCUGUAAAAAAUUAA